ACAACACUUUGGAUUAUUAUUCGUCAUUAUGAUUACUAGUUGACAAAAGUGCGCCUGCGGCAGGCAGCCAUUCAAAGCAGCGUGCGUUUUGAAAAGACAAUCUAAAAGGAUCAACAAACACGCUUUUGAAAGGAGACAUUAAAUUGCUUUGACAGCAGGAUUAGUAGCGGGAGGAAGUCACGCGUGUCCAAAAAUGUGGACGAGGGGAAGGUCACGUGGUCGGGCACACCUGCACGAGCGAAUGGGGAAGAAGUGAUGAUGAGCAUAUUCUGGUUUCAUGGGCGGGUGGCAAUUUGGUCGAUUAGGCUUCAACUCAACUCCAACUUUGUUUGGAACGCACAAAAAGUCUCUUAUUGUUGAAUGUAGCUUUUUUUUUUGAAUUAGAAGAUAUUUUUCAAAUAUAUUUGGGGGAAUUUUGUUUCAAUUCAAUAUUUUUGUUAUUUUUGAAAAUUGAAUGAAAAAGAUUUUUCAAAAGUCGCACGAUGGACGGCGGCGUCAAGUCCAACCCGAAUUGUCGUUGGCUGGUCACGCCUCUUUACCGACGCCAUCUUCGUGCGCGUUUUGCCGUCCGUGUUCGGGCUGAGACGUCGACGUGAAAAGCGGCGGCGGCGCUGAGAAAAACUCUCAGUGGGCCGUCAAGAACGCUCGUGCGCACGAGUGCGUGCCUUCGGUUUACUAAUUCACAGCGAGAAGAAGAGGCAGAGAAGGUCCCCUACUCAGCUCCGGUAAUAUUUGUUGUUCCCACAGAUCCAAGAGAGAAUAUAUGCCUGGCCGCGAGCGACCACAACGUGGACAACACCACGGCCGUGUUGCGAGAAUGGCUGAAGAAUGCCCAGCGCGUCUACCAUUACGUGGAGUGGCGGCCCAUGGAGGAGCCCAGGUCCUACACAGACGAGUGGGGUCCCAAGCACUGGCCCGCGUCCCGCUUCAACCACGUGAUGAAGCUGAGGCAGGCGGCGCUCAAGGCCGCCAGGCAGCGAUGGGCCGACUUCAUAUUGUUCGUAGACAGCGACAACCUCCUGACCAACCCUCGUGCGCUCAACCUGCUGAUUGCUGAGAACUUGACCGUGGCCGCCCCCAUGUUGGAGUCCCGCUCCUUGUACUCCAACUUCUGGUGCGGCAUGACCCCACAGGGCUACUACAAGAGAACCCCGGACUACCAGCCAAUCAGGGAGUGGAAGCGCCUCGGCUGCUUCCCGGUUCCCAUGGUGCACAGCACGUUCCUGCUGGACCUGCGACGGGAGGCCAGCCGGGAUCUGGCCUUCUACCCGCCUCACCCCGACUACAGCUGGGCCUUCGACGACAUCAUGGUGUUUGCGUUCUCCGCGCGGCAAGCGGGCGUUCAGCUGCACGUGUGUAACAGAGAGCACUACGGCUUCCUGCCGGUCCCCCUCAAGCCGCAGCAGAACGGCGAAGAUGAGCGCGAGAGUUUCAUCCACACCGUCACGGAGGCCCUGAUUGACCACGACAUCGAGCCCUCUGAGCACCUGGACGCUCCACCAUCACCGCAGGACGCCAUAGGCUUAGAUGACAUCUUCCUGAUAAACCUGAAGCGCCGGCUGGACAGAAGAAGCCGGAUGUUGAAAACAAUGUCGGCGCUCGGCCUGCGCGCCACGCUCUCGGCCGCAGUGGACGGCAAAGCUCUAAAUACAUCGCAGCUGCAGGCGCUGGGAAUAGAAAUGAUGCCCGGCUACAAGGACCCGUACUCGGGCCGGGUCCUGACCAGAGGCGAGAUCGGCUGCUUCCUUAGCCAUCACUCAAUAUGGAGUCAGGUGGUGGAGCGGGGCCUUCAGAAAGUUCUUGUUCUAGAGGACGACGUGAGGUUCGAGCCCCGCUUUAAGCGGCGACUGCAGGCCAUCUUGGAUGACGUGGACAAAGCCCAGCUGGCCUGGGACCUCAUCUACGUGGGGCGUAAGCGCAUGCAAGUGCAGCAGCCCGAGCGCUCGGUGGACGGCGUGAACAACCUGGUGGAGGCCGACUACUCGUACUGGACGCUGGGCUACGUGUUGUCGCUGCGGGGGGCCACGAAGCUAUUGGACGCCAAACCCUUCGCCAAGAUGCUGCCCGUCGAUGAGUUCCUGCCCAUCAUGUUCAACAAACACCCAAACCGCUGUGUCCUCUCCAGCGCGGCGUACAUGUCCCACUACGAGGCGCGAGACCUUCGGGCCUUCUCGGCGGAGCCGCUGCUCAUCUACCCCACGCACUACACGGGCGAGCCGGGCUACAUCAGCGACACCGAGACCUCCACCAUCUGGGACGACGAGGCCGUGGCCACCGACUGGGACCGGCGGCACGCCCGCAAGACCGCCCAGCAGGGCCGCAUCCGAACCGUGGCCCAGAACAGCGUCACGGGAGACUCGCCGCCGCCCGCCGCCAGGGCCUCGCGAGACGAACUCUGAAUUGGAUGGGAGUUUUUUUUUAACCAUGCUGUGUGUUUUGGCAACGUUUUUAAAAGACACUUGAAGCGGAGAUACUGUAUAUGCGCGUGAACGCGGGUUGAGGAAGUGCCUUAAUUUAUUCCCACCGUGCCUCCUUUGGCGAUGUCUUUUGUACUACCCUGUUUCCUCAAAACUGAACGCCGCCCUCAAAUAGACGAAAAAAAUGUCGUAACAAUAAGGACAUUAAAGACUUAACUGUAGA